AUGCACAUCUCACCGCGAGACACCGCCGUGGCCCCGGAGCCAUACGUCGUACCGCCCUCGCAAGCUUUCGAUGGAAACGAUGGGAGCUGGAGCACAUUCAAGAUCAGUGUGGGGACACCGGGCCAGGACUUCCGGGUCCUACCUUCAACCAAAAGCGGAGUGAUACAGGUCGUGGUCCCAGACGGGUGUCAGAAGGGCAUCGAUCCAUCAAAUUGUCCGCAGCUUCGAGGCGCCGAAGUCUUCAAUUCUGCGCAAAAUCCCGGCUUCCAAGUGAGCGCCUCAAAUUCGUGGUCUGCGAUUGGACAAUACGAUGUAGAUUUGGAGGAUGCGCUAAAUAUGACGGCACGUGGGCUGUUUGGCUUCGACAAGAUCACACUGGGACCCGCCGCGGAUAGUAGAUCCAAGUCGAUGGAACGGCAGGUUGUUACUGGAGUUGCCGAAUUGGACUACUUCAUGGGCCUCCUCCCACUCGGCCAGGCAGAGCAGAGCUUCUCGAGUAUUGGGGAUUCCAUCGACUCCAUGCUGUACCAGUUGCGUAACACGUCGAAAAUCCCCAGCUUUUCCUUUGGGUACACAGCUGGAGCGAAAUACAGGCUGAAGUCGGUUUUUGGCAAUCUGGUUUUGGGGGGCUAUGAUUCGACUCGGUUCAAGCCAAACGACAACGAUUUCUCCUUUACCUUCUCCACUGAUCCAUCCAAGCUCUUGACUGUUGGUGUGGAUAGCAUACUAGCGACCAACAGUCUAGAGGGCACCUACUCGCUCUCAUCUGGCGCACAUUUCUCUGUCAUAGACUCGACAGUCCCGCACUUAUGGUUACCAAUUGAUAUCUGUACUCAGUUCGAACGCGCUUUCGGACUCACAUACGACCCGCGGACUGAUCUGUAUCUUGUGAACGAUACUAUCCACGAACAACUGGUCUCGAAAAACCCUACCUUGACACUCAAGCUCGUCAAUUCACUCGAAAACACGGCAAAAAACUAUGCGAAUAUCCAGUUGCCUUACUCUGCGUUUGACCUGCAAGCAUCAUAUCCAUAUUAUCCAAAUGCAACGAACUAUUUUCCCAUUCGCCGCGCAGCGAAUAGUACACAGUAUGUUCUCGGGAGGACGUUGCUACAAGAAGCAUAUCUCAUUGUCGACUACGAGCGGGCCAAUUUUACCGUAGCGCAAGCCGUGUUUCCUGACCCUCUCCCAGCUGCCAAGAUUGUCACCAUCAAGUCGAAAUUAGAGCAAAACUCUAGUUCUGGCAGCGGGCCAGGGCUUGGUACCGGAGCAAUAGUGGGCAUAGUAAUAGGGGUUGUUGCUCUGCUUCUGGUUGCCAUCUUCGCCUUUUUCUUCUUCCGCAGAAGGCGCACCAAGCAACAAACCUACGAACUCGCCAACAAUCAAGUCUCGGAUGCCGGAUCAUCACGCUUCCUUAACAGCGCAGCGCCGAUGAAAACCCAAGGGCCGUCAGAGCUUAGUGGCACUCCAUUGACCGAGCUCGAUUCGCCGCAGGUUGCUCACUACCCGCCUGAUCAGAAACUGCCAGUGAGCAUCAAUGAUGAGCCGGCUGAGCUGCACGCCGAGUCGCGAACCCCGGUCACACCACGAUGGCAAGAGGUACAUCUACCACUGCAACCACCAAGCUUUCCAUACGAUGUGGAUCAAGUAAGCAGUGGUAGCCGCUCAAUUAGUCAGGUACCCAGCGAUGAUGGGUAUGCCACUGGAUCGAGGUCGGGGGUGUCACCAUUGACUGAGCACUUCCGUAGAGAAUGA